AUGGCAGAUUCGAGUGAGACCAAGCCGGUUACGGCGCCUGUUGUCGAUGACACAUCCAACACAACCACAGCUGAGGGCAGUGCAGAGCCAAAGCAAGAGUCACACAGCGACCGCAAGCGCAAGCGAUUCCAAGACGACGGACUCAAAUUUGGUCGCGGUGGUAAGAAGAGAGAUAUGGGCAGGAACGCGUGGUCACGCGAACAGCCCGAUCGAAGAGCUCGCAACGACGAAGAAAAGAAGAAGCCGCGUCCUGAAAACUCAGUCCUUCCUGCACCCUUCGCCCAGGAUGAGAUUGCCGCAGAAGAGCGCAAACCAAAGCGCAAGGUUGCCGUCUUGAUUGGUUACAGUGGUACUGGCUAUAAGGGCAUGCAAAUCAACACAACCGAGAAGACGAUCGAAGGUGAUCUGUUCACGGCCUUUGUCAAAGCUGGUGCCAUCUCAAAGGCCAACGCUGAUGAUCCCAAGAAGUCGGCACUUGUCAGAUGCGCUCGUACCGACAAGGGUGUUCACGCUGCAGGCAACAUGAUCUCGCUUAAGUUGAUUGUCGAGGACCCCAAUAUCGUCCAAAAGAUCAACUCACACCUUUCACCACAAAUCAGAGUCUGGGGAAUUGAAAGAACAAUCGGCAGUUUCAGCUGCUACCAAGUCUGUGAUAGUCGUUGGUACGAAUACUUGAUUCCUUCACACGCCUUCUUGCCUCCACACCCGAGCAGUUGGAUGGCAAGAAAUCUGGAGGAGGCUGCGGAUGAGGCUGGUGACCGUGAAGGUUAUGAAUCUCGCCAGGCUGAGGUCAAGGACUUCUGGAAGACUGUUGAAGAGCGCGAUAUCAAGCCUAUUGUGGACGCAUUGGACGACGACAUUCGCGAUUUGGUCCUACAAGCCAUUCACGAGCCUUCCGAUUUCAAUCCUGAUGGAGAACAACAAGACAAGCAGGAAGAGCAGGUCAAGCAGACUGCCGAUGUCAACACAUCAGCACCAGCAGAUGCCGAGGCCAAGCCUGAAGCUGCUGCCGAGACUGCUGGUACAACCGAUACUCCCAUGCCUGAUGAGCCUGCCACUCUCGAGUCGACAAACAUCCCCACAGAACAGAAGAAGCGUAUUGAAGCUGCUGUUAAGCAACUCAAGAUCGCCUACAACACUGCCCGUCGUGCAUAUCGCAUCCCGGACGAGCGCAUUGCUCGCGUACAAGCCGCCUUGGACUGCUACGUUGGCACACGCAACUACCACAACUUCACCAUCCAAAAGACAUUCAAGGAUCCCUCAGCUAAGCGCAACAUCAAGUCCUUUGUCUGCAACCCAAAGCCUAUCAUCAUCAAUGGAACCGAAUGGUUGUCCCUCAAGGUCCAUGGUCAAUCUUUCAUGAUGCAUCAGAUCCGCAAGAUGGUUGGUAUGGUCGCCUUGACUAUUCGUUGCGGCUGUCCUAUCGAGCGCAUCGUCGAAGCCCAGGGCGACCAGAAGAUCAGCAUUCCCAAGGUUCCUGGAUUGGGAUUGUUGCUUGAGCGUCCUGUGUUCGACAGCUACAACGAGAUUCAAGCUGUCAAACACGAUAAGGAGAAGCUUGACUUUGGCAAAUACGAGAAGGAACUUGAGGAAUUCAAGCAAAGGGAGAUUUAUCAAAGAAUCUUUGCCGAGGAGGAGAGAGAUAACACAUUCCACCUCUUCUUCAACCAGAUCGACAACUACAAGGAGCGCCACUUCUUGUACCUGACGUCAAAGGGUCUGGAGGCUAUCAAGGGCGCUGGCAAGCUAGAUGAGCAGCGAGCAGCCAAGUCGAAGAACGAUGGUGCUGAUGCUAUGGAGAUGCAGUAG